UCACACUGGUUAUAUGCUCGAACGUCGUGUCGUCGCCGUUCAGUGUUUUUAACCAUUUCACAUAUUUUCGUUUAAAAAACCCAACGAAGUGUAUUUUAUUGCAUGCAACUAUUAAAAGUACAACACUAAAAACAAGCGUUAUGAUUUGAAUACAAAGUUUCUAUUCAAUAUCGAUAGCAAAGAGCAGAAAGAUAGAGGGAGAUAGUGCUCGCUCGUUCGCUAUAAAAGCACAGUUAUUUUGGCAUCAGGUGUUGGAAGUGUGAACAGCAUACAUAUAUGUAUAUAUAUAUAAUUUUUGGAGCAAAAGUAAACAAACCAAACGAAACGAAAAAUAACGAAAGAACGCGACGUGCGUUGGUCGUCUGUCUGUGUGCGUGCGUAUGCGUUUAGUAUAUGUGUGUGUGCGUGUGUGUGUGACUCUCAACUCUGACGGGCGACAACAACAACAUCAUCUACAAACUGAUAUACUAAACUCUGCAAUAACAAUAACAACAACAACAACAGCGCUUAACGAGUGAUUCAACGGAGACAAGAACAACUACAACUACGCAAAAUAUGUCGGAUUCGUAUUAUCAGGGCGAAUAUAUAAAACAUCCAGUUCUAUACGAGCUCAGUCAUAAAUAUGGCUUCACAGAGAACCUGCCCGAGAGCUGUAUGUCCAUACGCCUCGAGGAGAUCAAGGAGGCCAUACGGCGCGAGAUACGCAAAGAGCUGAAGAUUAAAGAGGGCGCCGAAAAGUUGCGCGAGGUCGCCAAGGAUCGCCGUUCGCUCAGCGAUGUCGCCGUGCUGGUCAAGAAGAGCAAAAGCAAACUGGCCGAGCUCAAGUCGGAGCUGCAGGAACUCGAAAGUCAAAUACUGCUAACAUCCGCCAAUACGGCGGUCAAUAGCAAUGGUCAAGAAUCGAUUGCCUUCAGCCUUGAUGGCAGCGGCGUUGCCCAGCUCGGCGGAGCUGUUGGCGGCAUGGGCGGGAACAAUGCGAUGGCUGGCGGCGGUAGUGGACCGGCGACGGCCAAUGACAAGGUGCUGGCCUCGCUGGAGAAGCAGCUGCAGAUCGAGAUGAAGGUGAAGGCGGGCGCCGAGAACAUGAUACAAUCGCUGGGCAUUGGCUGCGACAAGAAGCUGCUCGCCGAGGCGCACCAAAUGCUGGCGGACUCGAAAGCCAAGAUUGAGUUUUUGCGCUUGCGCAUCAUCAAAGUCAAACAGAAUCGCGAGCAGGCGGAUCGCCUGAAGGCCGCACUCCAGCUAACAGAUGAGCAUGGUGUCCUGAUAGCGGGCGGUGGCACUGGUAUCGGCAGCAUGCAGCCGCAGAGCCUGGAGACAACGCUGGAGGAGCGCAUCGAGGAGCUGCGUCAUCGGUUGCGCAUCGAGGCAGCGGUCGUUGAUGGAGCCAAGAAUGUCAUACGCACGCUGCAGACGGCGAAUCGUGCGCCAGACAAGAAGGCGCUGCAGGAGGCGCACGGCCGUUUGUCGGAAUCAUCGCGUAAACUUGAUCUCUUGCGCUACUCCUUGGAGCUGCGACGCCAGGAGCUGCCCACGGACUCGCCCACUGCCCAGCUGCUCAAGCAGGAGCUGCAGAUUGUGCAGCAGUCGACAUCGCCGGCGCCUGUACACUACACAUCGCUGCAGUCUGGACCGGGCGGCCUGCUCGGUGGCAAGUCGUAUCAAUCCGUAUCAUCGUUGGGCCGCUGCGCCAGCGUCACGGGCAAGCUGGAGGUGCGCCUGAUGGGCUGUCAGGAUCUGUUGGAGGAUGUGCCUGGGCGCUCGCGUCGCGACAAAGACAAUAGCUCCAGUCCGGGUGAUCUGCGCAGCUUUGUCAAGGGCGUCACCUCGCGCAGCAGCUCCAAGAGCUAUUCGGUGAAGGAUGAGACAUCGAUUGAAAUUAUGGCUGCCAUUAAGCUGGACAACAUUACCGUGGGACAGACCUCCUGGAAGCCAUGCUCACAGCAGGCCUGGGAUCAGCGCUUCUCCAUCGAUCUAGACCGCUCCCGGGAGCUGGAGAUUGGCGUCUUUUGGCGCGACUGGCGCUCCCUGUGCGCUGUGAAGGUGCUGCGCCUGGAGGAGUUCAUUGACGAUGUGCGUCACGGCAUGGCGCUGCAGCUGGAGCCGCAGGGCUUGCUCUUUGCCGAGAUCAAAUUUCUUAAUCCGAUGAUCUCGCAAAAGCCCAAGCUGCGACGCCAGCGCAUGAUCUUCAAUCGCCAGCAGGCCAAGAAUAUACCGCGCGCCAAGCAAAUGAACAUCAAUGUGGCCACCUGGGGCCGUUUGCUCAAGCGCAAUGCACCGAAUCAUGUACACAUGGGCACUGGCAGCAAUGCAGCUUCUAUCACUGGUCGCGGCUCCUCGCCGUUGCCCAGCAGCGCCGCCUCGCGAGGCUCGGAGUCGCCCAUAUCGCGGACGCCCUCCUCAGAUGCGCUGGCCAUCGAACCUGAACCGUAUUCGCCGGGCGAACAGGCCCAGAACAUGGAAUUCGAUCCGGAUGCAGGUCUGCACGAGCACGUCGAGACGCCUGGCGAGUAUCCGGAUCCCGCUGCUAGCGGCUUGAGCGGCCUGCGUCCGCUCUCCAUGCACAUGCAGGGCAUCAGUGUGCUGCCGCCAGAGACGCCGCCGCCGCCACAGCCAGCGUCGAGCAGCGUCAUCGCCCCCAAUGCGGCUAGACCCAAUUCGCUAAGCCUGCAAAUGCCCGGCAAGACGCCGCCCGGACGCACUGCCGCGCCCACCACAGCGCCGCCGCCGCCGCCUGUGCUGAAGUCUGUGACGCCAGUGCUGGAUCAGGAGUUGCAGGACGCGUUGCAUGAAUUUGACUUCCUUUCCGAAAUGGAAUCACAUCCAAACACGCUGCGCCGCCUGCUGCACACACAACAGUCGCCCGGCUGGCCCAUGGAGCAGCUGCAGCUCGAACAGGAGCUGCUCGAGAAGCUGCAACAGCAGCGGGAGCAACAGCAAAUGGAUCAGCAGCCGCCGGGCAGACAGCAUCCGCGCCUGGCCAAUUUCUUGGAUCGCACGGCAACGCUGCAGAUCGUGCAGAUACAGACCGUAAUGCCCAUGCAAGAGUCGCCGCCAGCGCCCCCUGAACCCGAACCCGAAUCUGAACUAACCACCAAUGUUCUGCCGCCCGCCAGUCGCCAUACUCACCAUGACCAGCAGCAGCACAGGCUAAGCGCAAGCGAGCUUUCCUUACCAAUACGCAACCCGUUUCAGUUCCAGCUGCCCGAGAAGCCGCCUCCAGCUGCUUCAGUUGUGCCCAAACAUUCGCCAACUCCGUCAAGGGGCGCCACCUCGGCGGUGGAGCAGCAAAUGCAUCGUCCAGUGUUGACGCUGCCGCCGGUGGUGCUCCUUGGCGGCCGGCGUGCGGAUGAUGAGGAGACCAUGCCCUCCUCGCCACUGGUCGAGUAUCCCGAGGAUGAUGAUGAGUAUUUGUACAGCGGUGGGCUGCAGUCCAGCCACAGUUCCAGUGCCGGCGAUCGUUUCUGUGUGGAGGCAAAAAUCAAUCUUGUACAUAUAACCAUCGAACCCCUUGAAGCGUCACCAACACCCAGCAGCAACAGCAGCAGCAGCAAAAGCGGCAGCAACAGCAGCAGCGGCAGCUGCCUCAUAGAGGAUGCCACAGCGGAGCCUAUGGCUAUCGAAAGUGUUUUAAUAGAAAGCGUUGAGUCUGUUCAACCGCUCGACGAGGUCAUACCGCAGCUGGGCAAGCUCUAUGUGGGCACACAGCAGCAGCAGCAGCAGCAGUCGGCCUAUGUGCAGUCCUCGCCCAUUAUACAGGAGCCGCCCACGCCCACCAUUUAUGGCAACAGCGCUGCGGCCGUCGUUGCACCACAAUUCCCGCAGCCCGCACAGCGCCAGGACAAACAACAACAACAACAGCAGCAGCAGCAGCAACAACAACAACCCAUCUAUGCCAAUCAAUACGAGCUGAAUGUGGCCAAGGCCACGGCAGCGGGCGCCUCAACCAGCGGCCGGCGGAAUGUGGCACGUGGCCUGCAGUAUCGCGAGCCAGCCGGCUAUGAGGCGCUGCGUGCUGGUCAAGCGCCACCAAAUGCUGGCAUGUUGUCCAUGGACAAUUUCCGGCUGUUGAGCGUGCUGGGGCGCGGACACUUUGGCAAGGUGAUAUUGUCGCAGCUGCGCAGCAACAAUCAGUACUAUGCCAUCAAGGCGCUCAAGAAGGGCGACAUUAUCGCCCGCGACGAGGUCGAGUCGCUGCUCAGCGAGAAGCGCAUCUUUGAGGUGGCCAAUGCCAUGCGGCAUCCGUUCUUAGUCAAUUUGUAUUCGUGUUUCCAGACAGAGCAACACGUCUGCUUUGUUAUGGAAUACGCCGCCGGCGGUGAUCUGAUGAUGCACAUCCACACAGAUGUGUUUUUGGAGCCGCGAGCUGUGUUCUAUGCGGCGUGUGUGGUGCUGGGUCUGCAGUAUCUGCACGAGAACAAGAUCAUCUAUCGGGAUCUGAAGCUGGAUAACUUGCUGCUCGACACGGAUGGCUAUGUCAAGAUUGCCGAUUUCGGUUUGUGCAAGGAGGGCAUGGGCUUUGGCGAUCGCACUGGCACAUUCUGCGGCACGCCCGAGUUUCUGGCGCCCGAGGUGCUAACGGAGACUUCAUAUACACGCGCCGUCGACUGGUGGGGACUCGGUGUGCUCAUCUUUGAGAUGCUGGUGGGCGAGUCACCUUUUCCCGGCGACGAUGAAGAGGAAGUCUUUGAUUCAAUUGUUAACGAUGAGGUGCGCUAUCCGCGUUUCCUCUCACUGGAGGCCAUAGCCGUCAUGCGUCGGCUGCUGCGCAAGAAUCCGGAGCGUCGGUUGGGCUCAUCGGAACGCGAUGCGGAGGAUGUCAAGAAGCAGGCGUUCUUCCGCUCCAUCGUUUGGGACGAUUUACUGCUGCGUAAAGUCAAGCCACCAUUUGUGCCCACCAUUAACCAUUUGGAGGAUGUCUCGAACUUUGAUGAGGAGUUUACGUCGGAGAAGGCGCAGCUAACGCCGCCAAAGGAGCCGCGACACUUAAGCGACGAGGAGCAGUUGCUUUUCCAGGACUUUUCAUAUACGGCCGAGUGGUGUUAAUGCUUCACCCCCUCUCUUAGACUUAAUGCAACGGCCCGGGGCCUAGCUCAGUUAAAUAAGUUGAAUAAUGCUUUUAAACAUGUGCAGCGAGUUGUUUAGCCACAUGAGAAUUCGAGGAUGAAACCCGAUAUAUAGAUAUAUAUCUGUAGUAAAUAUAUUGUAUAAACCUUGUGCAUGUUGCUCAGAAGCAUUGACCAAAUUGCCUAGAAUAUUCUACAUAAAUGUAAACCUGCAUCCAUCAAUCAUAUACAUACAUAUAUCGAUCAUGUAUACAUUAUAUCAAGUCAUCGACAGCUGCUAAAUUAAUAUAUAUACAUAUAUAUAUAUAUAUACACCCAACUCAUUGUCACGGAGGGGUUAACAAAUUGUGAAUUGUAUUUCGUUUCGGUUGAUAUUUUCCUAAUCAAAUAUAUUGAACAGUCUGACGAACCUUUGGAAAGCCUUAAAUGCAACGUUGUAGAAUUUUUGGACAGAUUUUUGUUAUCAUAAAGAAAAGAAAGCCAGGUUCUAUAUUUUGUAUAGAUGUUAAAUGAGAAAGAAAGAGAACGAUAUGUAUACACAGCUAUUUUACAAGCGCCAGUAGAUGAGUUUUAGGGCAGAAAACAAACACAUACACACACACA